AUGGCGGACUCGAAUCUUCCCAAACCCAGCAGCAGCGUCAAGCUGGUGCUGCUCGGUGAAGCUGCCGUCGGCAAAUCUUCUCUCGUGCUUCGAUUUGUGAACAACGACUUCCAAGAGAACAAGGAGCCAACAAUAGGCGCCGCCUUCCUAACCCAAAAAUGCAACCUUCCGACGCGCACCAUCAAGUUCGAAAUCUGGGAUACCGCCGGCCAAGAGCGCUUCGCCUCCCUCGCGCCCAUGUACUACCGCAACGCCCAAGCCGCGCUAGUCGUUUACGACCUGACGAAACCGACCUCCCUCAUCAAAGCCAAGCACUGGGUCGCCGAGCUGCAACGACAGGCCUCGCCGGGCAUCGUCAUCGCCCUGGUCGGCAACAAGCUCGAUCUGACGAGCGACGGGGCCGGGGAUGCCGCCGACGGUAGCGGGGAGGACGGCGGGGAGGAUUCGGGCGACGCUCGCAAGAUUUCUACUGAGGAGGCGAAGGGGUAUGCGGAAGAGGAGGGGUUGCUUUUCUUUGAGACUAGUGCCAAGACCGGGUACAAUGUUACCGAGGUGUUCACUGCGAUUGCCAACGCUAUUCCGGAAACCUCGCUGAAGACGGCCCGUGGGCCGGGGGCGUCGCAUGCGGCUGGCCGGACGGAGGAGCAGAGGGUGAACCUCAAUGGGCCCCGGGACGCUGAGGCUAAGGAUAGCUGUGCCUGCUGA